CCCGAUCCUCCUUCCCCGGAGCCUUCCGUGCCCACACCAUCUCCUUCGAUCACUGUCACCUCGCCUAGGCAGUUCGCCCACUUCAUCCGACAGGACGACGUCACCUUCUUUAUGGUGGACGUGACGGAUCUCUUACACUAUGAUCCACCCUGUCCCGACGCCGAGCUCAUCUCUCUGGAGCCAGAUCCUCCUUCUAUCUCCAUGGCUCCUAUCUCUACUUCCGUCCCUCCGUCGUCCGUCGAGUCCACUCCGCCGUCGCGUGCUGACGCUGACGCUGAGGAGCUCGCACGUUAUACGGAUGACCUGGAGCCCGCAGUUCGUGACCUCAUCYGAGAGUACCACGACGUUUUCCCAUCGUCGUUCUCGUACGUCGGCAUCCCACCGAUGCUUGACGUCGAGCACUCCAUUCAGCUUGUGCCUGACUAUCGUGUUCACCACCAGGCACCCUACAGGCUCUCGAUCCCCGAGGCCACCGAACUCAAGCGUCAGCUUGAGGAGCUCCUGAGACUGGGUUUCAUUAAACCUAGCAACUCCCCGUGGGGUGCACCUGUCCUCUUUGCUCGCAAAGCGGAUGAAACACUUCGUCUCUGCAUCGACUACCGCGGUCUCAGCCGCUACACGGUUAAGAACAACUACCCCAUGCCUCGUUCCGAUGAGUUGUUCGACCCCCUAGCAAGCAACCGCUUCUUUACGAAGAUCGAUCUUCGUAGCGGUUACCAUCAGAUCCGCGUCGCUGCAGCCGACGAGCCGAAGACCGCGUUCCGAUCGCGAUUCGGCCACUACGAGUUCACGGUGAUGCCAUUCGGCCUCACCAACGCACCCGCUACCUUCCAGAGGGCGAUGAACUACAUCUUCAGGGACAUCUUGGAGCAGUACAUUCUCGUCUACCUCGACGAUAUCCUGGUCUAUAGUCGUACCCUUGAGGAGCACCUCAGACACCUCCGCGACGUCCUUGACCGCUUGCGCAGACAUGGCUUCUACGCCAAGCUGAGCAAGUGCCGCUUUGCCCAACACAAAGUGGAUUUCUUAGGACACUACGUGUCUGACCAAGGUCUCCACAUGGACGACGCGAAGAUCACUGCUAUUGCGGAGUUGCCCGCCCCUACAUCCGUCAAGCAGCUUCGCAGCUUCCUAGGCCUGACCAGCUACUAUAAGUGUCCCACCUGUCAGGAGGUGAACAGUGCGAACCACCUACCUUAUGGUUUGUUCCAGCCUCUUCAUAUCCCUGAGGGUCGUUGGCAGUCCAUCUCGAUGGACUUUAUCGGCCCUCUUCGACCUCCGACCCCCCGCGGUCAUGAUGCUAUCCUGGUCGUCGUCGACCGCUUCACGAAGCGUGCACGCUUUGUUCCGUGCCGCUAUGCCAUCAAUGUACGUGAGGUCGCCGACAUUGUGUUUGACCGAGUCGUGCGCGACCACGGCUUACCUCUGAGCAUCAUAUCUGACCGUGACCCGCGCUUUACCAGCCGAUUCUGGCGACGGCUCCACGAGGUAUACGGCACUCCGCUCCGCUUCUCCUCGUCUUACCAUCCUCAGACUGAUGGUCAGACCGAGAUCACGAACAGGACUCUCGGAGAUAUUCUCCGAAAGAUUGUUCGUGACGACCAGCAGUGGGACCUCCAUCUUGCCCACGUGGAGAUAGCCUACAACCACGUCGUCUCGCCAACCACGAGGAUGUCGCCUUACUAUUGCGACCUCGUCUAUCACCCUUGUGUUCCCGCGGACUUCCUUCGACCGUCACAGAUACACCCCGACACGAGCUGUCCCGCGCUGGAUGAUUUGGUUGCACACAUGACAUCGAUCAUGAAGACCGCACAUGAGCACAUAGCCGCUUCCCAGACUCGCAUGGCAGCACGUGCGAACCGAUCGAGAAUGGAUCAUCCAUUCAAAUUCGGUGAUGAUGUGCUUAUCGACGCCCGCCACUUACAACUCGAAGCGGAUACGCUUCGCAAGUUUCGGCGUCGCUUCUUUGGUCCACGCCGCAUCCUCCAGGCCGUCAGUUCUAAUACGGCUUCUAGCCCGAUCAGCUUCCGUGUGAAGCUGCCCGACUACCUACGCCAGGCUUGUGUGCACGAUGUCUACCACGUCUCGUUACUGCGUCCUUACCGCAGACCGUCUGAGCGUUUCGCCGGACAACCAUACGAGCGCCCUCCACCCAUCAUGGUGGACGGUCACGAGGAGUUCCUCGUUUCAGACAUCAUUGGUCGCCGAGUCACCGACGACAACCCUCCCCACGUCGAGUAUCUUGUACGUUAGAAGGGUUACCCUGAUGAGGAGGCUACCUGGGAGCCCCUCGAGCACUUGCAGCACGCUC